AUGACGAACUACGUGAAUGUUAUCCAAGUAGGUGUAUCAAUGCUUUUAAUCAUUGCUGUUGGAUUUAUCCUCGCCAAAUUAAAAAUAGUUACACUCAAAGAUAGUGGUUCCUUAAAUGGAGUUGUUUUCUUCAUCGGUUUUAUGCCGCUUAUCAUCAGAGGUAUUGCCCCCAAGAAAUUAAAAGAGUUAGACUUCCAACCUUUCGGUAUCGCAGCCUUAAUGUCGAUUUCAACUUACAUUUCAGUUGCUUUUAUGAUGGUUUAUCCCUUCAAAGAUCGUCUUCAAGCAUACCUCAGUACAGUUUUCCCAUGCGCAUACAUUAAUUACAUCAUUUCCGGUAUCCCUGUUUUCAAUGCUCUCUGGCCCGCAAAAGAGAAUGUCAUGGUUUCAAUGAUGAUGAUUUCUAACGAUCUUAUUUCAUCACCAAUCUUCUUAAUUAUGGUUGGUAUCUACGGAGUUGUCGCAUCAAACAGAAAAAGAGUUGAAAAUGGCUUACCGCCUGAAAAAUUCUCAUUCGCAAUCAUUGGAAAAGUUCUUCUUGGUGUUAUCAAAUCUCCUAUUCUUAUUGGUAACGUAAUCGGUAUCAUUUACUCCGCUUGCAAUAUCCAAUAUCCGAUUUUCCUUGAUAGACUCUUCCAAUAUGCUGGUGAUAUGGUUUUCGCCCUCGCUCUUGUCUGUGUUGGCGUCUUCCUUGCUCAGCACUCCCUUAUUUCUUGCGGUUGGUUACAAUUCAUCUUUUGCAUCAUUGUUAGAUGCUUCAUUGGCCCAAUGUUUGCAGGCUUAUGGUGCAAGGCUCUUGGUAUGAGUGCACACGUUGCUAGACAAUGCAUGAUCAUCGGUGCACAACCAACGGCCGUCGCAUCUUAUGCUAUUACAUCUGGCGCUCAUCUUGGUGAAGGUUGCGCUUCAACAAUGAUUUUCUGGACUACUGUUCUUUGUGUCCCAACACUUAUUGUUUGGUUCUCAAUCCUCGAUGGAUUGAAGAUUUAUGUUGAAUAA